AUGGUCGGUGUACCGACAAGUAAAGGAUGUCGCCUGUGUAUCCAGCGAAGCGUCAAGUGUGAUGAAGAAAGGCCGAGCUGUGCUCAGUGUCGAAGAGGCGGACGGACUUGUCCCGGCUAUGUCCGUGAGAUGAAGUUUGUCGACGAGGGGCCCAAAAUCCGACGCACAAGAGGCAAAUCUCAUGCCCCUACUACCAAACCAACAUCAGAAAAGGCAUCUAAAGGCCUCAGUCGACAUAAUAGAGAUCUGCUUCGUCACCGAGAAACGAGCCCCGAUAUUAGGCUGGGCCAACCAAGCAGCUUCAAGGCGGAGCGCGACCAAAUCCUCUCGUCCUUCGUGUCAGCCAUGUUUCCUCUUGCCUCCGCCACAGCGCAAAUCUCAUUUCUCGGUAGCUGGUUAUGGCAUAUUCCACCUCGCUUGGGCAGCAGCAUAGUUCUGGACCAUGCUGCGUUGUCAGUAGCUUGGUCAUACUUCGCAAAGCUAUAUGGAGAUCCCAUCGCACUGCGAAAUGCAGAGACCUCAUACCUAUGCGCAGUGAGAAGUCUGGCUUUGGCUCUUGAUGAUGCGAAAGACCAGCUUAGCGCAAAUGUUCUGUGUGCGACAGUCCUUCUAGGACAUUUCGAGAUCUCCGAAGCCUUGACCUCCGGGCAGCCGUGCAUUCUGGAGUCCGAAAGUUGGCAGAAUAUCCCAGAUGGCUUGAUCGAGUUUCCGCUGUUGCCGGCGUCACCUGACAUGUACCAUCGGAUCUUCGGCUACUUUGCACUUAUUCCAGGGCUACAGAGUAGGAUGAGUCUCUGUAACAGGGAUGCCUCUGAUGAGACACUCAAUUCUCUACUUUCAACGGCACAACAGCUUCGGCAAGACAUGCGGCAAUGGUAUCGAGAUUAUGCAACUCGCGAUAGUAAUUUGAGAGAGCCUCAGGCUAUCUCUCCUGUAUCGGAUGGCUACCCGUUCCCUUCAAAUUACAAAUAUCACGAUGUCAUGUCAGCCACUAUCAUUGUUGCAUAUUGUGCGUAUCUGAUAAUUCUCAAUCGAUCAGUCGCUCUUUUGGAUGUCUCUGAUGGAGAGGCCUCGGACACCCAGGGCCUCGCAGCCGCAAUUUGUAUGUCUGUGGAUUACUGUCUGCACACUGGAUACUGCGGCACGCAAACCAUGAAACUUGCGCUACCUAUUGCUCACUCGGUGUUACCUCGCCACUAUCAUCAAUGGACUAAGAAAUGGAUGGAUAAAUUCGAUGCAAUAAUGGAGGCAACGAUGAUCCAACCACUGUUCUCUUAG